AUGCCGCCAAAGAAGAACGCCGGGUCGGGACCUUCGAAGAAAUCUGCCGUGAAGCAGAAAGAGAAAGUGCUGGAGAACAAGACGUUCGGCCUGAAGAACAAGAAGAAGAGCAAGAAUGUGCAAAAGUACAUCCAGGAGGUCACGAAGCAGGUUGUGGGCGGUACCACACGUGCUGACCGCAUGAAGGAGCAGGAGGCCAAGCGAAAAAAAGAUGCAAAGGCCGAGCAGGAAAACCUCAAGAGUCUGUUUGCGGCCUCCAUUCGGCAGCCUGCGCUUCCUCCUGGAACCGACCCAAAGUCGGUGCUCUGUGCGUUUUUCAAGGCUGGUGUCUGCACGAAGGGCGUCCGUUGCAAGUUCUCGCACGACUUGAUGGUGGGCAAGAAAGCUGCUAAAAUCGAUUUGUACACGGACAACCGUACCGAGAAAGAAGCAGAUCAAAUUGACACAUGGGACCAAGAAAAACUGGAAGAAGUGGUCAACGAGAAGCACCAUGAGAAGAACUCGAAGCAGACGGAAAUCGUGUGCAAGCAUUUUCUGGAUGCGAUUGAAAAGUCGUUGUACGGGUGGUUCUGGGUGUGUCCGAACGGAGGCACUUCUUGCAAGUACCGCCACGCACUUCCUGCUGGGUACGUGUUCAAAUCGAAGAAGGAUCGUGAGCUGGAGAAGAGCAACAAGGUGGUGGAAGUCUCGAUUGAAGAAAUAAUUGAGCAGCAGCGUGCCACGUUGGGCCCCAAUGGAGGCACUCCUGUCACAGCAGAGUCGCUUGCGAAGUGGAAGGCGGAUAAGCAGGCGCGCAAGAAGACCGAGGAAGCAAAGCGACUGAAAGAGCAAGCCAAGCGGACUGGCGGUCGCGGCAUCAUGAGUGGUCGUGCGUUGUUUACCUACGACCCGACUUUGUUCCGCGACGAUGCAGAUGCAGAUGACGAGGCGUACUCGGUCCACAGCGAGGGAGAACACGAUAGCGACGAUGUGCCUGUUGUUGACGCGGCAGCAGCAGUGAUGGACAAGAGCCUGUAUUUGCAAGACGAGGACGACCUCGACUCGCUGAAGAAGUGA